CUGGGAGACACGUGAGGCGCUGCUACGUCAUCACAGGCACGCUCAGGAAACAUGGCGACGGCGGGUGUUGUGAGCGGGAAGAUUAUAUAUGAACAGGAAGGGGUCUAUAUUCACUCAUCUUUGGGAAAGACCAAUGACCAGGACAGCUUGAUUUCAGGAAUAUUACGUGUUUUAGAAAAGGAUGCUGAAGUAAUAGUGGACUGGAGACCACUGGAUGAUGCAUUAGAUUCUUGUAGUAUUCUCUAUGCUGGAAAGGACUCCAGCUCAGUUGUAGAAUGGACUCAGGCCCCAAAAGAAAGAGCUCAUCGAGUAGCGGAACAUCUGAACAGUUACGAAGCAGAGUGGGACAUGGUUAAUACAGUUUCAUUUAAAAAGAAACCACAUACUAAUGGAGAUGCUCCAAGUCAUAGAAAUGGGAAAAGCAAAUGGUCAUUCCUGUUCAGUUUGACAGACCUGAAAUCAAUCAAGCAAAACAAAGAGGGUAUGGGCUGGUCAUAUUUGGUAUUCUGUCUAAAGGAUGACGUCGUUCUCCCUGCUCUGCACUUUCAUCAAGGAGACAGCAAACUACUGAUUGACUGUCUUGAAAAAUAUGUGGCAUUAUGUGAAUCUCCACAGGACAAAAGAACACUUCUUGUGAAUUGUCAGAAUAAGAGUCUUUCACAAUCUUUUGAAAAUCUUCUUGAUGAACCAGCAUAUGGUAUAAUACAAGCAGGACUACUAGACAGAAGAAAGCUGUUGUGGGCCAUUCAUCAGUGGAAAAAAAUUAAAAAGGAUCCUUAUACAGCAACUAUGGUAGGAUUUUCCAAAGUCACAAACUACAUUUUUGAUAGUUUAAGAGGCAGUGAUCCUUCUGUACAUCAGCGACCACCUUCAGAGAUGGCAGAUUUUCUUAGUGAUGCUAUUCCAGGUUUAAAGAUAAAUCAACAAGAAGAACCAGGAUUUGAAGUCAUCACAAAGAUUGAUUUGGGCGAAAGACCUGUUGUUCAAAGGAGAGAGCCAGUAUCAUUGGAAGAAUGGACUAAGAACAUUGAUUCUGAAGGAAGAAUUUUAAAUGUAGAUAAUAUGAAGCAGAUGAUAUUUAGAGGGGGACUUAGUCAUGCAUUGAGAAAACAAGCAUGGAAGUUUCUUCUGGGUUAUUUUCCUUGGGACAGUACCAAAGAGGAAAGAACUCAGUUACAAAAACAAAAGACUGAUGAAUACUUCAGAAUGAAACUGCAGUGGAAAUCUGUCAGCGAGGAACAAGAGAAAAGAAAUUCGAGGUUAAGAGAUUAUAGAAGUCUCAUCGAAAAAGAUGUUAACAGAACAGAUCGAACAAACAAGUUUUAUGAAGGUCAAGAUAAUCCAGGGUUGAUUUUGCUUCAUGACAUUUUGAUGACCUACUGUAUGUAUGAUUUUGAUUUAGGCUACGUACAAGGAAUGAGUGACUUACUUUCACCUCUGUUAUAUGUGAUGGAAAAUGAAGUGGAUGCCUUUUGGUGCUUUGCCUCCUACAUGGACCAAAUGCAUCAAAAUUUCGAAGAGCAGAUGCAAGGCAUGAAGACCCAGCUUAUUCAGCUGAGUACCUUACUUCGGUUGUUGGACAGUGGAUUUUGCAGUUACUUAGAAUCCCAGGACUCUGGAUACCUUUAUUUUUGCUUCAGAUGGCUUUUAAUCAGAUUUAAAAGGGAAUUUAGUUUUCUAGAUAUUCUUCGAUUAUGGGAGGUAAUGUGGACUGAACUACCAUGUAAAAAUUUUCAUCUUCUUCUCUGUUGCGCUAUUCUGGAGUCAGAAAAACAACAAAUAAUGGAAAAACAUUAUGGCUUUAAUGAAAUACUUAAGCAUAUCAAUGAAUUGUCCAUGAAAAUUGGUGUGGAAGAUGUACUAUGCAAGGCAGAAGCAAUUUCACUACAGAUGGUAAAAUGCAAGGAGUUGCCACAAGCAGUUUGUGAGAUCCUGGGGCUUCAGGAAAGUGAAGUUACAACACCGGAUUCAGACAAUGGGGAAGAUGAAAAUGUUGGCAUGACUAUUAGUCCUGCAUCUGCAUUUGAGAGUAACUCAUUGCCUGUCCUUACUGCCAGUGGAGGCAGAGAUGACAACCCAACAGAGAUAUCCAUGUCCCCAAGUGUCAGCAGAUUAACACCUGCAUGAUCAUUCUUUGAAGAGACACUUUGUUACAACUUUUUUUCAAGUACUUGAAAGGUGGAAAUUUGAAAUCUUGGUAUUGAUCAUGCUUUAAGGUUUAUGGAAAGAAUGUGUACUGAUGUUCUUGCAUUAAAGCUUUACAAAGAUUUAAACUAAUUAUUUUUGUAGUUACUUCUACCAAAUAGCCUUUCCUUUUCAAUAACAUUCCUUAGUAUUUUUUUAUAGCUAAGUACAUUUUAUUUUCUUGCUGAUGAACUGGAAUUGGAAAAACAGUACAAGUGGAUGAGUUGGAAAUUACGCACUUUGAAAACAUUCACUUUGUUUACUCCGGGUUUAGCAGGUUUGGAUCUGAUUAAAUGCUGAGCCUUUCUAUAGCUUUCUAAGCUGAGAAGUAGAUUGUGGCCCAGUGAUGAAAUGAAAGAAUUUAUUUUUCUCUCUUGUUUACAAAAAUACUCAGCUUAAAUAUUUACGCUGGUUGAAUGUGAUUUAAAUUGGACAUUUUCAUCAAUGCAAUUUAAUGUGUAGAUAAAGAGCUAUUUCAACCAUAACAAGUGGAUUGGCAGUAUAUUUUUUACAUUGAACUUUUCUUCACUUGUAUAUAAAGACUGUAUAAGUACUUAUUUAUGAGUAUAAGAAAGGAUAGGCAUAUUUUCUUUAACAGAAUAAACUUGACUAUUGAUUUAUAUAACCUGAUUUCACAAAGUUAAUACAUAGCUUCAAUAUGAGAUCUUUUUCAAAGCUAUUUUCUUAACCAAACAUUUAUUUCAGGAGACUACAUUCAACCCCAUACCUGGUGUAAUUUUCAAGUUCAUUGCUUAUAGUCUCAUUUUACUAAUAAUGUUUACUGUCUUUCCUAAUAAUGCAUUAACUGAUUAAUCAGGUCUUUAAAUUUUUAUGAAAUAAUCUUUACCGAAAGCUUACAUCAAAAAUUUCAUUAUCACAAGUCUCAAAAUAAUGCUCUUUUGUAUAUGAAUGAAGCUAUUGUUUUUACCAUGCAGUAUUGCAUGAUUUUAAGUUAUGUGUAAUGAACAUAACUGAUUCCAUUUUAAUUGUAAUUUGUUUACUUCUGUACAUAUCAUUAAAAUAAAUUUGAAGUUGAAA